AACUCCACGUCACAACAGUACCGUUGGUACCAUGAAGACCUUGCGUCAGGUGUCGGGGGAGGAGCUCGAGGCUCUCAGGGACAGGAUGACCCAAUACCUGCCUUACUCUGCUGGGAUCCACGGGUUCAUCGAAAUGAUGCUCAAGUGCCAAUUGCAACAGAUACUUGACGUUAAAGUGUAUAUUCCCGAUGCCCCCCAGCCUUCGUCCCUCGCUCUAGUCACACCCUCUUGUUCACAACCAAACAUACAGAGUGUGACGAUUUUCUGGGACACAGAGGAGGAGGAAGACGAAGAUGUUGUAAGAAUGCUAAAGACACUGCCUCACUGGGACUGGUUUGCUCCUAUUUACUUCAAAUUUUGUCCUACAGCCGUUUACAAUAAGCUGCAACAAUUCAUGACGGAUGGAACGCUUACGACUGGACAGAUGUGGUGUUACAAGAUAAUUCACGGACAUCUUUUUGCAAUGGAUAGCCCAGAUGUUCCGCAUUUCAAGAUCCCUGAAGGAUUUUCGAUCGACAGUCUCCAACCUGAGGACAUACCGACCAUCGUCUCACAAUGGGAAAGCAGAAGGCUAGAGACCCAGAGAGGCCUGGAGUCUCUCGUAGCCAAGCUCCCGUCCGUGGCCAUCCGCAGUCAUCAGGCAGACGGCAACGACGAUCAUGCCCCAAAGGAUACGACCGGAAGCUCUCUCGUCGCCUGGAGCUUCCUUUAUCACAUCGGUAUACUGGCCAACAUCUUCACCAUGCCUGAGCACCGGCGCCACGGGCUGGGCAGGGCAGUGGCGCUCACCAUGGUCGAGAAGCUCCACCAGAAGAAGCUGCCGGUGCGCUCGGUCGUGGACGGCUCCAACGGCGUCUCCAUCAGCUAUCACCAAAAACUGGGUUUCAAGAAGCAGUGCGACGUGAAAAUAUUCCUCAUGCUGCCUGUUGGAAAAACGAUGGAGGAUUAUAGGAAUGCAUUACUGUUCAGUAAGUAAUACUUCAAUGUGAGAUUGUUUAACAAAUUACGUAUCAGAUAAUACAGUGAACAGAGGAUGUGAUGUCAUAGCAAUGGAAACCAUGAAUGAGGAAAAUGAAUAAGACGUAUAUGCUUCCAAAGACCUGAUUUGGAGGGGGUUAUGUCCUCCUGCAUUAUGAGUCUCCCAAUCUCUGAUUACAGGAAACUCAAACGAAAAUAGGAAGUUCGUGAAAACAGGGUUUACGAUUACUUCUCAGUUCUGAAUAAAUUCAGAAUAUUACAUUCUGUUUUCCUUAAAUUCUGCAGCGACAUUGCUUGAUGAUUUUCAAACAUUGUUAGAUACAAAUUAGAGUGCAUAAACGAUUUACUGCUGCUAUAAAAAAACAACAGGUAUAUCUAAAUAGCUGUCAUGAGCACUGUCAAAGAAUCUUAUCAGAACAGGAACAACUGUUAUGAUGAUGUAUGCCAUAUUAGUUCAACUGAAGGCUGGAAAACCAUACUUCCCUGAUUUAAACAGGAUUUACAUUUGUUUGUGAUGUGUCUGAAAUAUGUGGUAUGUACAACGAAUGUAUUUGUAAGUCAUCAGGUAUAAUGGGUAUAUAAUAAAACGGAAAAUUUAA